CCUCCUGGACUGGUCAGACCCUGGCUUCUCAGUCCUACGCAAGCAAGGAUGAAGAAAAUCCUGAAAUGCUUUAGGAGGGACAGCAGGAUCUGAUGGUGGGAUGCUGAGGUCUGGAGUCUCACAGGUGCACUGCUGGGUAUGUGCUCUCUGGUUUUGGGAGCUGCUGCCUCACACUGGACUCUGGCCUCCCAUCGAUGCAGUGUCAACCCAGCAGCAUCCUGCCCUGAAGGAGAGAAGUUCCAAGCAUCAAACAUCAAGAACAGGUCCCAUGGAGACAAGGCCACACAGCAGCUUCCAUGUGUCAGCGUUCCCACUGCGUCCUUCCCACAGGCAGCCCAAAUUCGGCUGCUCACAUACACAGCUCUGUGAUACUUGGCUCUGGGAAGAGAUGUGGAGGAAAUGUCUGGCAGAUUUGCACCACAGAGAGAGCAGCACUUGCCUGGAGAAAUUGCUGUCUAACAGAUCCUUUGUGGACUUCCGACCAAAACCAUUCAGUGCAACAUAUGAGAACAGUCAGAAGAAAAGGUGUAGCACAGUUGACCAAAACCCAGAAUCAUCUGCACUAUGGGCAUCUCCCACUGCAUCAUUCAGGACCCCAGUUAUGUCUCUGAUCCAGAUCGAAGCUCGUUUGCUUGCACGGCCUCACAACAGAGAGCUCAGUUUGAGCUCCUUGAUUUCAGUGUUGGCCAAGGUUUUGCGUUUUGCACCGAGAUUCGUGCUGCUGCCAUCACCCACGACGCCAACGGGCCCGGGUCCUGCGCCGGCCGGAGGAGCCGCGCCCCGGGGCGGGGGGGAUGUGCCGGCGGUGGGGAGCGAUGGGAUCCCCCCUCAGCCGCCACCCACCCUCCGGGGCCGCGGUCCGAGAGCCCCCCGGGCCGGUCAGACCCCCCGGGCUCCGGGGCCGUUGCGGGACAGCGAACAGCGCGGCGGGUGCGGCCCCGGGCCGGUGCGCCUGGUGCUGGCGCUGGACCAAAGCGCCUCCUGA